AUGAAGAUCCCAUUCCUCCCAAAGGCUGGCAAUGACGGGGCUGAGUCUCCGCCACUGACUGAUAUAUCGGGGGAUUCGUCUGCUGCGGAUCGCGAGAAGAGAACCUCUUCUUUGGAUGACAGACAUGUACCUUGGGUGACGUGGCGGUCUGUGUUGCUCGGUGCUUUUGUUUCCAUUGGUGGUAUUAUCUUUGGAUAUGAUACUGGUCAGAUUUCAGGAUUCUUGGAGAUGAAGAAUUUCAAGGAGCGGUUUGCUCAGCUUCAGCCGGAUGGAAAUUAUAAGUUCAGUAAUGUUCGAUCGGGAUUGAUUGUUUCCAUGCUCUCUAUCGGUACUUUGAUCGGAGCCCUACUCGCUGGUCCAUUGACAGACUGGAUUGGCCGGAAGUGGUCUAUCUUUUUUUGGUGUAUCAUUCUUCACGUCGGAUUGAUCAUUCAAAUCUCUUCGCCGUCGGGGAAAUGGUAUCAGAUGAUGAUGGGACGGUUCGUUACUGGAUUCGGUGUAGGUGCAUGCUCGCUCUUGGUGCCCAUGUAUCAGGGUGAGAUUGCACCAAGACAUAUCCGAGGUGCCAUGGUGUGUUCCUACCAAUUGUUCGUGACAUUGGGUAUCUUCGUCGCAUACUGCAUCAACUUCGGCACAGAGUCAAUGGACAACUCCGCGUCAUGGAGAAUCCCUCUUGGGAUCACCUUCUUCUGGGGUCUUGUCUUGGGAAUCGGCAUCCUGUUCUUCCCCGAGAGUCCUCGAUUUGAUUACCGUCACGGCCGUACAGACCGAGCAAAGCGAACGAUGUCCAAGCUGUAUGGCGUGCCCGAGGAUCAUAAGGUGAUCGUGCAAGAAGUCAUCGAGAUUCAGGAGCAGCUGGAUGCCGAGAAGGGAUCUCGGGGUGGAUGGCAUGGCUGGAUCGAAAUGUUUCAGGGCCCGCGGAUGAAAUACCGUAUCAUCCUUGGUGUGGUACUUCAGGCACUGCAGCAGUUGACGGGUGCCAAUUACUUCUUCUACUAUGGCACGGUAAUCUUCAACGGGGCCGGCAUCAGUAACACAUAUGUCACACAGAUGAUCCUGGGUGGCGUCAAUUUCGGCACGACCUUUGGUGGCUUGUAUGUGAUCGAGCACUUUGGCCGGCGCAAGUCACUCAUGACAGGCGGCAUCUGGAUGUUCGUCUGUUUCAUGGUCUUUGCUUCUGUGGGCCACUUCUCCCUAGAUGUCCAAAACCCGCCCAACACCCCCGGUGCUGGUAAGGCCAUGGUGGUCUUCGCCUGUCUGUUCAUCACUGGCUUUGCAAUGACCUGGGGACCGAUGGUGUGGGCUAUUGUCGCCGAGUUGUAUCCAUCGCGGUACCGAGCACGGGCGAUGGCCCUGGCGACAGCCUCGAAUUGGCUGUGGAACUUCCUAAUUGGGUUCUUCACGCCGUUUAUCACGGGUGAUAUUGAUUUUGCAUAUGGAUAUGUGUUUGCUGGAUGCCUGUUCUUUGCGGUUAUCAUCGUGUACUUCUUUGUUAUCGAGGGCAAGGGCAAGACCCUCGAAGAGAUGGAUAUGAUGUAUGUCAUGCGAGUGCCGCCAUGGAAGAGCAGCAAGUGGCAGCCCCCACCACCGGAGGAACGGCUUACUACCGAUCAGCUUGUGGAUCGGAAGGUGGCGAAGAAGUACAACAAAGAGGAGGAGAGUGCAGCAAGCAAGAAGCAGGGAGAGGUUCCCGGUCAUGCUCAUGCUGAGAACCCGGUAGAUGAUGCGGGGGCUGGGCCGUCGAAUGCGUAA